AUGGAGAGCAUCGCGGCGCAGCUGAAGCGGGGGAUAUCGCGGCAGUUCUCCACGGGGUCGCUGAAGCGGACUCUCAGCCGCCAGUUCACCCGCCAAUCCUCGCUCGACCCCAAGAGGAACAACUUGCGCUUCAGCUUCGGCAGGCAGUCCUCCCUCGACCCCAUCCGCCGCAGCCCUUCGCACGACGAUGACGACGAAGUCGAUCUCUCCGUCCCCGAGAAUCUCGACUCCACCAUGAACCUCCUCUUCCUCGCCUGCCGCGGCGACGUCCAGGGCGUCGAGGACCUUCUCAAUCAAGGCAUCGACGUCAACAGCAUCGAUUUGGACGGCCGUACGGCGCUCCAUAUCUCUGCCUGCGAGGGCCACGUCGAGGUCGUUAGGCUGUUGCUCUCCCGCAAGGCCAAUAUCGAUGCUCGUGAUCGCUGGGGCAGCACGGCUGCUGCAGAUGCUAAGUAUUACGGGAAUACGGAAGUUUACAACGUUCUGAAGGCACGUGGAGCCAAAGUUCCGAAAACCAGGAAAACACCAAUGACUGUUGCGAAUCCUCGAGAAGUUCCAGAGUAUGAGCUCAAUCCAUUAGAGCUUCAAGUUCGAAAGAGCGAUGGUAUCACAAAGGGAUCGUAUCAAGUGGCAAAAUGGAAUGGUACAAAGGUGUCUGUAAAGAUGCUUGACAAGGAUUGCUACACGGACCCUGAAAGCAUUAAUGCUUUCAAACAUGAGCUGGAGUUGUUAGAGAAGGUUCGGCAUCCUAAUGUCGUUCAAUUUGUUGGUGCUGUCACCCAAAAUAUACCGAUGAUGAUUGUGUCAGAGUAUCAUUCAAAAGGUGACUUGGGAAGCUAUCUUCAAAAGAAAGGGCGCUUAUCUCCAUCAAAAGCCCUAAGAUUUGCUCUUGACAUUGCAAGGGGCAUGAAUUAUCUUCAUGAAUGUAAACCAGACCCAAUAAUCCACUGCGACUUAAAGCCAAAAAAUAUUUUGCUCGAUAAUGGAGGUCAACUGAAAGUAGCUGGAUUUGGCUUGAUACGGUUGUCAAAAAUCUCACCUAACAAAGCAAAACUAGCACAGCCUUGUGCUAACACUGACCUUUCAAGUUUAUAUGUGGCACCUGAGAUCUACAAAGAUGAAAGUUUCGACAGAAGUGUGGAUGCCUACUCUUUCGGUCUUAUAUUAUAUGAGAUGAUUGAGGGAAUACAACCAUUCCAUCCCAAGCCUAUUGAAGAAUCUGUGAAGCUGAUGUGUUUGGAAGGAAAAAGACCGCAGUUGAGGACCAAAUCAAAAAGCUAUCCCCCUGUAGUGAAAGAGUUGAUUGAGGAAUGUUGGGAUCCAGAACCUGUUAUGAGACCCAUUUUCUCUGAGAUUAUUGUACGGUUGGACAGGAUAGUUGCGAAUUGCUCAAAGCAGGGAUGGUGGAAAGACACGUUUAAGCUUCCUUGGAAAUAAGAGGAGGCAGUCUCAGUUCCAUCGCAAAACGAAUAGAGGAAAGGGCUUGGGGGUAGACUAGCUGCUCGGGCCUUGACGUUGCAGUGUAAUUAAUAAUCAAGAGGGAAGGCUUUGGAUUAGAGUAAGCAAUCGGGUCAGCCUACGUAAAAAGUAAAAUUACUUUCCCAUAAUCUUUGUUUUCCAAGGAGCUGAAACAGUUCCUUUCUAGUAUGUAUUAGCUAGAUUCAUGUGUGCAAAAGAAAAAACUUUUCCUAUAGAUGACUUGUUUUACAUACGCACGAACGCAGAUAAUAAUGUACUCCUCCGAAAUUCUAUUA